ACCCUACCUAGGCAGAAGUAAAGUCCACAGCCAUAAUCAUGGAUCUCCUCCGCUUCAAUUUUGUCUUAAUCAGCAUAUUCAGUCUGGCUAAAAUAAACUUAGUCCUUGGAGACAUUGGCACUGCCACUUCUUACAAUCCUCCAUAUACCCCCACCAAGUGCGGGGGAAACAGAAAUGAUCAGUUUCCAGCAGGAAAUCUGUUCGUUGCUGUGAGUGAAGGGCUGUGGGAUAACGGGGCUGCAUGCGGCAGACGCUACAGAUUAAGAUGCUUGAGCGGCAACAACAAGCCAUGCAGAGAUAUUGGCACCACCAUCGACGUUAGGGUGGUGGAUUUCUGCCCAAGACGCCCAUGCCCUUCCACCAUUGUUUUGUCUAGUGAUGCUUUUGCAGCUAUCUCCCGCAACCCUGAUGCCAAAAUCAACAUUGAAUACAUCCAGAUAUGAAGAGGGAUUUGACUUCCAUAUAUAUAUAUAUAUAUAUACGUGUAAUUUUACGGGCCGAAGAUCAAGAGGAAAAGGGCAUCCUUGGAAAUAGGAACAGAACUAGAUAGCAAAAUGUUGUUUAAAAAUUCAUUUCCCUUUGUUAUCGGUAUAUCCUAUUAAAUGAUGGCAAACGAGCACAAAAAAUGUACUAAAACUUUCGACGUGAUGUACACAUCAAAUGAUUUCAAGAGAUGGUUCCCGA